AGGAAAUUGUAGAGGGAAGACCCAACGGGCAACCAAUCCAACCAUAGAAUUUGAAAUUCAAACUGAAUAGUAUAAAACCUAAGAAGGAAGAGCGACCUUAAAACCCCACGCCAGACUAGCAUCCCCAUUUCACGGAGUUGCAGAAACUCACUGCAGCAAACGAAAGAAGAAAUGGCCGAUCAGAAGAAGAAGCAACAACACCUGAGCCUCAAUCAACGUCACAACCGCGUCCUCUUAGACUUUUCUGCAUCCCAUUCCAAACCCCUUCCAUCUUCUCGCUUCCAUCAGGAAAAGGAGAAGAUCGGAGCCCAGGGUGAUUCUGGAGAUGAAAAACAAAACUAUGACGUUCCUAGUUUUAGAUUUGAUUUUGACUCUCCAUCUGAUUCUCAUUCUCUCGAGGAAAAGGAGAUCACAGCUGGGAAAAAUCUCCAAGAUGAAAAUGAGUUAAAUGACGAUAUUCCUAAUUUUGGAAUUGGUUUUGAUUCUCCUACUGCUUCUCCUCCUCUUGAGGAACCAACCGAAGAAUCAGAGUCUCUCGAAGACACUUUUGUCCCUCAGUGCUCUGAAGUAGCUGCUUUAGAUACAAGGCCCAAGAGUUGUUUUGAGGAGGAGGAAUUAACUGAUCACUCCAAAAGUGGAAUUGAAGAUACACUGACAGAAGACUUUUCUCGCAUCUCAGAAGUUGCUCAUAUUGAUUCUAAUCUGCCUGGAGAGAAGGAAAAAGUUGUAAAGAGGAGGAUCAAAGGUCGACGUCGCCUGUGCAAAAUUUCAGAUGAAAUUGAUAGAAAGGAAAAGAAUCUGAAUGGCAAUGAAGGGGCAAAUGGUUUGGGGAUUUCAGACUUUGACUCACCACCCCAAGUGAAAAAUGCAGUUGAGAGUGAAUAUGCUGGUGGUGGGAGUGAAAUUAGGGAUAUCCUGAAUGAUUUAAGUUCAAGACUCGAGAUUCUUUCAAUUGAUAGGAAAGGGGUUAAAAAGCACAUUGACAGGACUGAAACGAAGGACGAGCUUCCUGAAUACCAAAGUGCUGAUUCUUCAUUUUCUCUCUCAUCUGAUUCUGCCAAUGGAUCAGGUGAUGCAAUUAAGGAGCAGUCUCCUUUGGAUAUUGGGUCAAGGAAUGACCUGGAGAUUCAGAGUCUAGGUGGAAGAGAUUGCAGGAUCAGGAGUUUAAGGGAAGAACAAAAAACAAAUGAAGCUAAAAGAGUGGUGGGAAAAUCAGAACAUGUGAAAAAGACUAGUUUUUCUUAUAAUGCUCAAGAAGAUGACAGUGAUGAUGAUUGUGUACUUAUGAGUGACAAGAAUGAUUUUAAAAGAGCGGGAAGGCCAAAUAAGAAUUUUGCACAGGAGCCCCGUGACUGGGAUGAUGGAGAUGAUUUUGUCUCAGUUGAAGAACAUUCAUUCACUUUGGAUGGCCCAAACUAUAGUUAUAAGCUACCUGAAAAAGUUGCAAAGAUAUUAUACCCUCAUCAGUGUGAUGGUUUGAAGUGGCUUUGGUCUAUUCACUGUCAGGGGAAGGGAGGCAUUCUGGGUGACGAUAUGGGUCUAGGAAAGACAAUGCAGAUAUGUGGCUUCUUAGCUGGGUUGUUUCAUUCAAAGUUGAUUAAAAGGGCUAUGAUUGUUGCUCCCAAAACACUAAUGCCUCAUUGGAUCAAAGAAUUAUCUGUUGUGGGGCUCUCUGAGAUGAUUAGAGAAUAUUUUGGGACUAGUAUGAAAGCUCGGGACUAUGAACUCCAAUAUAUACUGCAGGACAAAGGUGUUCUCCUCACAACUUAUGACAUUGUUCGAAAUAAUGUAAAAUCUUUGUGUGGGGAUUAUUAUCGCUAUGGUGAUGGAAGUGAGGACGAUAUUAUAUGGGAUUACAUGAUUCUUGAUGAGGGACAUCUGAUAAAAAAUCCCAGUACACAGAGAGCAAAAAGUUUGCAUGAAAUACCUUGUGCUCAUCGUAUCAUCAUUAGUGGAACACCUAUUCAGAACAAUCUAAAGGAACUGUGGGCACUAUUCAACUUUUGUUCACCUGGAUUGCUUGGUGACAAUAAGUGGUUUAAGGAAAAAUAUGAACAUUAUAUUCUUCGGGGAAAUGAAAAAAAUGCAACUGAUAGGGAAAAGCGUAUCGGUUCAGCAGUGGCAAAGGAGUUACGAGAUCGUAUACAACCUUACUUUUUGCGACGUCUUAAAAGUGAGGUAUUUUCAGAAGAUGCCUCAACUAGCACAAAGCUUUCCAAGAAAAAUGAGAUGUGUGUGUGGCUAAAAUUAACUAGUUGCCAGCGACAACUGUACGUUGCCUUUUUAAAGAGUGAGAUAGUACUUUCAGCUUGUGAUAGCUCGCCAUUGGCAGCAUUAACGAUUUUGAAAAAAAUUUGUGAUCAUCCUCUUUUAUUAACCAAAAGAGCUGCUGAAGAAGUUUUGGAAGGAAUGGAAUCAAUGUCAGUCCCAGGCCAAGAGGAUCAUGCUAUGGCUGAAAGAUUGGUAAUGCAAAUGGCAGAUGCAGCUGAGAAGUUUGAUAUUGAGGAGAAUCAAAAUAUUUCGUGCAAGAUUACUUUUAUAAUGCAAUUAUUGGAAUUUUUGAUUCCAAAUGGACACCAUGUUCUUAUUUUUUCACAAACGCGUAGGAUGCUUGAUCAGAUCCAGGCUUCUUUAAACUGCAGUGGUUUUAAGUUCUUGCGGAUUGAUGGGACUACUAAAGCUGCUGAUAGAUUGAAGAUUGUUAAUGAUUUUCAAGAGGGUUGCGGUGCUCCUAUUUUCCUUUUAACUUCUCAAGUUGGUGGUUUGGGUCUCACACUCACAAAAGCAGAUCGUGUGAUUGUGGUUGAUCCAGCAUGGAAUCCAAGUACUGACAAUCAGAGUGUUGACCGAGCAUAUCGUAUUGGGCAAAAAAAGGAUGUGAUUGUAUACAGAUUGAUGACCUGUGGUACAGUUGAGGAGAAGAUCUACAGAAAACAGGUUUUCAAGGGGGGUUUGUUCAAAAGUGCAACUGAGCAUAGAGAACAAGUCCGUUACUUCAGUAAAGGGGAUCUUCAGGAGCUCUUCAGUAUUCCUCAACAGGGUUUUGAUGUAUCUUUGACUCAACAACAAUUGGAUGAAGAGCAUGAUCACCACCACAAAAUGGAAGGGUCAGCAAAAGCCGAAAUGGAGUUUUUGGAGACGUUGGAUAUAGCAGGAGUUAGUCAACAUAGUUUACUAUUUUCCAAAACAGCCCCUGUAACAGUUGAUCUGGAUGAUGAGGAUGUUAGAAGUGUGAGAGCGGCUGCUGUGUAUGUGGGAAAUGCACCAUCACGCUCAUCAGUUGAGCCUGAUGUCAUUGGAGGGGCACAAUUCGCGUUCAAUCCAAAAGACGUGGUGAAGUCACAUGCGCCAAAGAAAUCAUACAAUGUCGUUUCUCAUCCAACUGAGUCUGAAAUUAGAGAUCGAAUCAAAAGACUGUCACACAUGUUUGCGGAAAAGGGAAUGAGAUUGCCUGAUAGAGGAGAGAAGCUGCAGAAGCAAAUAGCUGAGCUGUAUGCAGAGCUGGACAUGGUUCGAAAUGAAGGAAAGGCGAAUGAAGUCAUCGACUUGGAUGAUAUAUCUGGGAAGUUGGAGAGGGUGAUGAAUGUGUGAAUGUAGUCGUGGUUCGAAAUGAAGGAAAAGGGAAUGAAGUCAUCAACUUGGAUGAUAGAUAUAUCUGGGAGGGGGGUGAUUAAUGUGUAAAUGUAGUCUUUUGUCAAUGCAAAAUUUGAUCAAUUGUGGUACUGGUUUCUAAAUAGUAGUGUGUUCACUGGCUGUUUUGGACAGGUUUUACAUAUAUGUAACUGGCCUGCUAUGAACUCAUCACUUAUUUUGAAUGGGAAGAAGCCACAGUUUAUUUACCA